AUGGCGCUGCUGAUCCGCUCCUGCAUGGACGGCUGCAAACCCUGCAUCUUUGCCAGCGCCCAGACCGGCUCGGGCAAGACGCGCACAGUGCAGGGCCCGCCGCAGGAUUUGGGGUGGUGCCAGCGCACACUGAGGCACUCUUCGCGGCCACGGGAGGGAACGCCCCUGACGACGGCGCGGCGCCAGCUGGGGCGCCACAUCAGCAUCGCCAGCCAGAGCGCCAGCUUUGGGCCAGCAACAGCGCUCCUUGCAUGCGGCUCUUUCGCGAACAGGCUUGCAGGCAUGCAUGGGUUCCUGUCUUAG